AUGGAUCUAGCGGUUUCACAAGCCAACUGCAGUCUGCUCAGCUUGAUGCAGGGAAGCCGUCCGGUGGAGCACCACAUCCGUGAUUUCCUCAAGCUGGCGAGGGUCAUGGACUUCCCAGACUCCCUCCUGGUGGGUUUUUUCUGGGCCAACCUGAACGAUCGACGCGUCGGACAUGGCGUUUUGCAGGUGGUCGAGGGGGAGGAGUGCCUGGUGGUGCGAGAUAGGGUGGUCCUCACCCUUUGCGAAGUGCGCGCCAGAUUGAGUGUUCUGUCGUCCGUCUCCUCUGGGGAAGUCAAGAAACUGAUCAUAUUUGAAAAGCCCAGUCUAACAAUCAACACCCACUCUGACCUUCACUUCACACAAACCUCAACACUUUCUGCAACCACCCUCCUCCUCCCUCCUGCUACUGAACCUGAACUUAAGAUCUGUGAAGAGGAUGUGUGCCAGGUAUUCCGGAAACAAAAGACAAGGAAAGCACAGGGCCCAGAUGACAUUUCACCCACUUGUCUAAAAUUCUGUGCUGACCAGCUGGCCACCAUCUUCACACAGAUCUUCAACAGAUCACUGGAGCAGUGUGAAGUUCCCUGCUGCUUCAAACACUCCACAAUCAUCCCUGUCCCAAAGAAACCCCAAACCACAGGACUUAAUGACUACAGACCCGUCGCUGUGAUGUCUGUGGUCAUGAAGUCAUUUGAGAGACUAGUGUCGGCCCACCUGAAGGACAUCACUGGACCCUUUCUGUAUCCUCUUUAAUUUGCUUAUUGAGAAAACAGGUCUGUGGAUGAUGCAGUCAACAUGGGAUUGCAUCAUAUCCUGCAACAUCUGGACAGAUCUGGGCAUAUGAAAGGAUCUUUGUGGACUUCUGUUCGGCUUUCAACACCAUCAUCCCAACUAUUCUCCGGACUUAAUUUAACCAACUCUCUGUCAGUUGAUCACCAGCUUUCGGAUAGAUAGGCAACAAUGACUAGCAGUUAUUGAGACUGGGGAAAUUCACUUCCAGCACCUGUAUGAUCAGCACCCCACCCAGGUGCCCCACUACUCUUCUCCCUGUACACAAAAGACUGCACCAAUGACCCCUCUGUCAAGCUUGUGAAGUUUGCAGAUGAUACUACUGUCAUCAGAUUCAUCUAGGAUGAAUCUGCAAAUAAAAAGGAGGUUGAAUAGCUGGCUGUCUGGUACAGUCAAAAUAACUUGGAGCUGAACACACACAAAACAGUGGAGAUUAUAGUGUACUUUAGGAGGAACACACCAACAUUGACCCAGCUCACCAUUCUGAUCAGCACUGUGGCAUCAGUGGAGUCAUUCAGGUUCCUGGGCUCUACCAUCUCACAGGACCUGAAGUGGGAGACCACAUUUACCAAAUGAGUCAUAUGACUCAUCUCACAUUGUGAAAAAGGCCCAGCAGAGGUUGCACUUCCUUCGCCAGGUGAGGAAGUUCAACCUGCCACAGGCACUGCUGAUCCAGUUCUACUCAGCAGUCAUUGAGUAAGUCCUCUGCACUUCAAUAACUGUCUGGUUUGGUUCAACUAUGAAACCGGAUAUCAGAAGACUAUAAGGGACAGUCCGGACUGCUGAGCAGAUUAUUGGUUGCCCCCUGCCCUCCCUUCAUGAACUGUACACUUCCAGAGUGAGGAAAAGGGAUGGAAAAAUCACUCUGGACCCCACUCACCCAAUCCACUACUUAUUGAACUUUUGCCUUCUGGCCGGCACUACAGAGCACUGAGCACCAGAACCGCCAGGCACAAGAACAGUUUUUUUCCCUCUGGCUAUCCAUCUUAUGAACAGUUAAAACUGCCCCAUUGAGCAAUAAUUAAUGUGCAAUACACAGCUUAGUCUAUUUAUAUUUAUCCAACAUAUCCAACCUCUUCUGCCAUUACAUUCCCUUGUGCUAUCUGUAUUGUUGUGGCAAAAAAAUUAUUAACCAACCAUUAUCACUGCGUAAAAGACACUCUGAAUCAAACAGUCUUUUAAAAUGAUUUAUUCUUGCAAGAAAGACCCGGUCAUUACACAGGAGUUAAUCUGUGCUGUGAGUGGGACAGAGAAAGGGAGGGCUGACUUGUAUUUUAUACUCUUUUAUCCCAAGGUUUUCUGACAGAAGCAGAACCUCCCCCUCUGCAUUCCUCAGACACAGAGGCAUUCCCUUGCAAUGACUAUCACUGAUCAAUGAGUAUCAAAAUUUCUACAACAGUGUAUAAUAGUGUAUAAUAGUAUAUAAUAGUAGUAGUCUUAUAUGUAUAUCAUAUGUCUUAUUGUGUAUUUCUAAAUAUACUUAUAUUUUCUUUUCAUUUUUUCUUUUUCUAUUUUAUUUCUUGUAUUGUUUAUGCACUGGAAGCUUCUGUCACCAAGACAAAUACCUUGUAUGUGUAAGCAUAUUUAGCAAUAUAAAGCUCAUUCUGAUUCUGAUAAAUCCAAACAUAAACU